GAGAUAUUGCGGAUGCAAUUGAUGAUAAUUUCCAUGAUAUCAAGUAUAAAUAACACAAUCAUAACGCCGCGACAAUUUUAAAUAAGUUUCGCCAACGGCCUUCAUCGAGUUAUUCCCUCCAAUAAUCAGAUAGUUAUCGUCUGCGGUAUCAUCAUGGAAGGACGCGGUAAGUUCGUCUCGGUUUGGGCGUUGAUUCUCUUCGUCGGUCCGUCCGUCGUCAGGUUUUCUGGAGUGGAUGCAACGAUGUGUGGAUGCCCACCGCUAUGGACUGGCUUUGAUAGCAAUUGUUACCGAUACUUUUCUUCAGAGAACAUGACCCAGUUUGAUGCCGAGCAAGCCUGCCAAACUUUCACUUCACCAGGUUUUAUUGGUCAUCUUGUUUCUAUUCAUUCCCAAGACGAGAUGGACCUUAUCUCUGUCAUGUACGAGACACUAAGAUCCAAAAGGCCGGGGCGAGACACAUGGGUGUGGAUCGGCCUGCACAAUCGCGCUCUGGAAGAUUCUACCUAUUGGACAGAUGGAACGCAAUUCGAUUAUUCAAACUGGAAACCUGGCCAGCCUAGCGAUCGAGGUGGAGCAAGUAAUUGUGUCUUCUUUUCUAAAGAUCAACUUUACAAGUGGAAUGACAUUGGAUGCGGCGUUUCUAGCCUUGUCGAAGCUUAUAUCUGUAAAAUUCGACAGUGGUAA